AUGGGUAUAUUUUUGAAUGUAGCUAAUGUUUUAAGUUUGCCUCAAGGUUGGAGUAUAUAUGCAAUUUACACUUUCAUUGUGGCCAAUCAAGUUUACAAUGAGAGAUUUAAAAAAGCAGAUUUAGAACACAAGUUCGAUGAUGUUUAUGGUUGUGGUUGGGGUUAUGUAAGCCCCGUAGGCACUCAAGCAUUAGUCUUAAAGGAUGAUGAUGCCACUAAGUUCAAGGAUUUGGGACUACUAGAGAAAGCAUUGGUUCCACUGCUAGAGGAGCCUUGUUUAUGGCAUCCUUCAUUGAUGGAUUGUAAGCAAAAGAGAAGUUGUAAGUUUACUGAGUGGGCACUUACUACAUUGGGUCGAGUUUUGCAAUUCUUGAAGAACAAGAAGUGGAAGGAUAUGAAUGAAAAGGCAUGUGAAGAGCUUCAACAUUUGUGGGAGGAACUUGAGAUGAGUAGAUUAUACUUGAGGUGGCUAGAGCCUCUUGUUAAAUAUGCUUUAAAUAAGAGAGGAUAUGCUAAAAAGGUAGAGAAAUUGAACAAGCUGAAGUAA